UCGGAGCACGCGAGCUCAUUGGCUCAAUCGCUUGUCAAAUUCCCCUCCACAGGUACGGUGCAGCGCGGAGCAGCUGGGCCACGUUGACAGUGUUGUAAAUUUCAAUGUUUCUGUUAAGUGACUUCUCUGCUAAGAAGCUCUACAGUUUGUUCGUAGAAUGAGUGUGGGUUUCAUAGGAGCAGGGCAGCUGGCCCACGCGUUGGUGAGAGGCUUCACAGCUGCAGGCGUCAUUGCCACCCACAGAAUCACAGCCAGCUCCCCAGACACAGAUCUCCCCACUGUGCAGGGACUGCGGAGAUUGGGUGUCAAUUUCACCACCAGCAACAAAGAGACAGUGAGCAAAAGCGAUGUUCUCUUCCUGGCUGUGAAGCCACACAUCAUUCCUUUCGUACUGGAUGAGAUCGGACCAGACAUUGAAGAUCGUCACCUCAUCGUGUCCUGUGCUGCAGGUGUUACCAUCAGCUCUAUAGAAAAGAAGCUGAACCAGUAUCGCAAUGCUCCAAAGGUAAUGCGCUGCAUGACCAACACUCCAGUGGUGGUACGUGAGGGGGCCACUGUGUACGCCACAGGCACCCAUGCUGAAGUGGAGGAUGGACAACUGCUGGAGCAGCUCAUGGCCAGUGUAGGGUACUGCACCGAGGUGGAAGAGGACCUGAUCGAUGCUGUCACGGGCCUCAGCGGCAGUGGCCCUGCUUAUGCAUUUACAGCUGUAGAUGCUCUUGCUGAUGGUGGAGUGAAAAUGGGCCUUCCCAGGAGACUGGCUGUACGCCUCGGAGCCCAAGCCCUGCUGGGGGCUGCUCGAAUGCUGUUAGACUCAGAGCAACACCCCGGGCAGCUCAAGGACAAUGUGUGUUCACCAGGGGGCGCCACCAUCCACGCCCUGCAUGUCAUGGAGAGUGGCGGCUUCCGUAGCCUCCUGAUUAAUGCCGUAGAGGCUUCCUGUGUUCGGACUAGGGAGCUUCAGUUUUUGGCUGACCAGGAGAAAAUCUCCCCAGCUGCCAUAAAGAAGACAACUCUGGACAAAGUGUUGCAGCAGCCAGGAGUAACUGCAGAAGCUGUUGGAGUGAGACCUCGUGGGAUCAGUAUGUUCAACAGCAGUAACACGAGGAGCAAGAAGAAGUGAUCAUUUAUUUGUUACCCUUGAAAGCAGUACAUUUUAAUGAUCCCUGUCACAUCAGUGAAAAUGCAGUAUGCUUUAAAUGAACCACUAAUGGCUAACUAAUUGUUGAAACAUAAGCUGACCCGAUAAAUUUACCUCAUAGAAAUAGAUAAAUAAAAUAGAUUUGGGAUGAUACUGUGAGGACUAUAGAAGCAAUACUUUCAUUUUGUAAUAAAAUGUCUUUUCAUUGUG